AUGGCGUCGGCCAUCCGCCUACCGUCGCCCCUUCCAUCACGGCAACGGCGCGACCGCAUCCGGGACGCCCGGCCCCUGUCAGACUUCCUGACUGAUACCUUCGACCGACAGCAUGACUACCUGCGAAUAUCAGUCGCGGAGCGGUGCAAUCUGCGAUGCGUAUACUGCAUGCCGGAGGAAGGCGUCGAGCUAUCGCCAGACCGGGAGCUCCUCACGACCCCGGAGAUAGUGAUGCUCUCGUCGGUCUUCGUAUCACAGGGGGUGAGCAAGAUCCGCUUGACGGGCGGGGAGCCGACGGUGCGGCGGGACAUUGUACCCCUGAUGCAGGAGCUCGGGCGGCUGCGGCCGCACGGGCUGCGUGAGAUAUGCCUGACGACCAACGGCAUCGCGCUGCACCGCAAGCUCGACAGCAUGGUGGAGGCCGGGCUGACGGGGGUGAACCUGAGCCUCGACACGCUGGACCCGUUCCAGUUCCAGAUCAUGACGCGGCGAAAGGGGUUCGACGCCGUGCAGCGCAGCAUCAACCGGAUCCUCGACAUGAACCGCACCGGCGCGGGCAUCAAGCUCAAGAUCAACUGCGUCGUCAUGCGCGGCGUCAACGACCGCGAGGUGCUCCCCUUUGUCGAGCUCACGCGCCACAAGGACCUCGAGGUCCGCUUCAUAGAGUACAUGCCCUUCGACGGCAACCGCUGGAGCCGCCGCAAGAUGUUCUCCUACGACGAGAUGCUCGACCUCAUCCGCCGCGAGUACCCGGGGCUCGUCGACAAGGUCGCCGACAAGCCCAACGACACGAGCAAGACGUGGCGCAUCCGCGGCUACGCCGGUCGCGUCGGCUUCGUCACCAGCAUGACGCACAACUUCUGCGGCACGUGCAACCGUCUCCGCCUCACCGGCGACGGGAACCUCAAGGUCUGCCUGUUUGGAAACGCCGAAGUCUCCCUCCGCGAUAUCCUGCGCCAGUCCAACGGUGGCGAGCCGAUAGACCGCCAGGCCUAUGAUGCCAUCAAGAAGGCGGCCAUGGAGCGUCUGGACACUGCUGCCGUCGAUGGCGACAGCCUGAGUCUGGACCUGCCCCCCAACGAGGCUGAGCUGCUCGAUGUCAUCGGCAUGGCUGUCAAGAGGAAGAAGGCCAAACAUGCCGGUAUGGGUGAGCUGGAGCACAUGAAGAAUAGGCCCAUGAUAUUGAUAGGUGGUAUGCCACCUCGGGUUCGACGUCUACUAAACACCACCACCGCUACCGUCCUCCUGCAACAGCAGCGACGACUCUUUUCGUCAUCGCCGAGAAGAGCGCAGGAAUCCGACCGUGAUAAUGACAGCAGCGGCAGCAGCGAGCCAGGCCAGGGCCGGCUGACGCACGUCUCCGACCGCGGAACAGCCCAUAUGGUGUCCAUAUCCGAAAAGGCCGUCACUCAGCGGACGGCAACGGCAGCCUGCACGGUGCGCUUCUCAGUCGCCACGGUGGUGAACCUCAUACAGGACAACCAGAUGAAGAAGGGGGACGUGCUGGCCGUGGCGCGCGUGGCGGGCAUCAUGGCGGCCAAGCGUACGCCAGACCUGGUGCCUCUCUGCCACCCGCUCCCCCUAUCUCACGUAGCCAUCGAUCUAGAGCCCCGCGACGGCAGUUCCGUCUCCUCCUCCGCCUCCAAUGACGGUGCUGGUGCUGGGGUGAUAGAGAUUCGCGCCACCGUCACGUGCAGUGGCAAGACAGGGGUGGAGAUGGAGGCUCUGACGGCUGCCAGCGUGGCUUCCCUGACCAUCUACGACAUGUGCAAGGCUGUGGACAAGGGUAUGGUCAUCGAGGGGUUGAGGGUUGUGCUGAAGGAUGGUGGCAAGAGUGGUCGAUGGGAGAUGGAUUAA